AUGGAAGCCCAGAUGUCGACACAGGAGCAGCAGCUCUGCCAGGCCUUGCUGGCGAUGCCUGGCAAAUACCGAUACCGCUACAGCGAAGAGGCAUCGCGGGAACUUCUUCUCACCCUGUUUUGGUCCAUGGCUGGUGGGAAAAACGAAUACAUGAAGCUCUUCUUUCCCCAAGGGGAUCCACGAAACACUUCCCUCAAGCUCAGGGAUGCCCAAGGCGCGGUCGAGGGCGCCGAAUACACCGAAGCCGCGCGUGGCAAGGCCUGCGGUCACAUAUUCAAACAAGGAGAAGCAUCGUAUGCGUGCAAGACCUGUAGCGCAGACGACACCUGCUGCCUGUGCAGCAAGUGCUUCGAAGCCACCGACCACACAGGCCAUAUGGUGCGAAUCAGUAUCUCGCCCGGAAACAGCGGAUGUUGCGAUUGCGGAGAUUUGGAAGCGUGGAAGCGGCCCAUGUUCUGUACAAUACAUUCGAUGUGGGAGGGCGACCGCGACAAGGGCAAGGGAAAAGCGACAGAACUUCCAGAGGAUCUGGUCAGGAAUAUCAGGAUGACCAUCGGCCGCGUCUUCGACUACAUGUGCGACGUCAUCUCUUGCGCCCCCGAGCAGCUCCGCCAAACCAAAACUGUUCAGUCUAUCCAGGAGGAUGAGAGGCUCUCGAGGUUAUCAUCGACCUACUGCGGUGGAGAGACUGACUCGCCGGGGGAAUAUGCCGUUCUGCUAUGGAAUGAUGAAAAGCACACCGUGGUCGAUGUGCGUGACCAAGUGGCUCGGGCGUGCAACACCACGCUUGCAAAUGGCUUGAAAGCUGCUUACGAGACCGAUGCCAUUGGUAGGAGUAUCCUGAUGUACGACAGCAGUCUGGAAAAGCUGCUCGAAGUAGCCGAGGUACUUGAGAGGAUAAGGGUUACCGUUACCAUUCGCUCUUCCCGGGAUACCUUCAGAGAGCAAAUGUGCGGCACCAUAAUUGAGUGGCUUAGAGAUAUCUCUGGCUGCCGAGUUGGCCACGACCAUCAGCUUUUGAGAAACAUCGUGUGCGAGGAAAUGCUUAAGCCUUGGAGGAAAGGUAGCCCUGCGGCACAUGCCAUUGUCGGCAAAGAUGGCAUUGACGAUGAAGACCGUAUUGACCAAGAAGAGAACGUACCAAGCGGGUUCUACGAGCAGCAAGGCAGGCUUUUGCUUCAGGCACGUCAAGCUGCCCGUAGGAUGGCAGAGGCUCGUGAGGCUGGCGAAGAUGAAGGGGAUGAAGACGAUGAAGACGGGGACGACAUCAUUGUCUCUGGUGGAGAAAUGGAUGAAGAUGAGGAGGGGGACGAAGAUGUCAUGAUGCUUGACGAACAAGGCGACGCAGCUGGGGAUGAUGUUGCCAUGACGGACUGGCGAGAAGUUAGGGUGGUGCAGGUAGCCCCGGCCGCUGCUGGUGGCCGUCCUCUUCCGCCACCUCCCCCUCCGGCACCGACUACUGCUACGGCUCACCGACGAGCCAUUCGGGAACGCGAGCACACUCCUGAUGAUUCCGAUACCGCCGAGCCGCUCAUCGCGCCAAAUAUCUACACCAAGGCCCACCUCGACAUUCCAAAGACCCCAGGCAGUCCGAAAGCCAAGACAUCGCCUCCAAAUCCUGGACGUUACUGGUUGCAGACUCCUGCCGGCUACGUGGAGGAAAGUAGCAUUCCGGUUGCCGAAGACCUUUUCGAGCGAGUCCGCCUAGACUGGCUGAUAUUAUUUGACUUGCGGAUGUGGAAGAAGGUUCGCUGUGAUCUUCGGUCAUUAUACAUCUCAACCGUCGUUACGAUCCCCGAGUUCAAACGUGUACUCGGCUUGCGGUUUGCUGGCCUUUACACCACUCUGGCUCAGUUGUACCUCAUCGGCGAUCGUGAGCCUGAUCACUCCAUCAUCAAUAUCUCCUUACAGAUGUUGACAACUCCCUCCAUCACUGCUGAAAUCGUUGAGCGGGGAAAUUUCCUUACCAGUCUGAUGGCCAUUCUAUACACAUUUUUGACCACUCGUCAAGUGGGACACCCUUGGGACGUGGCAAGCAACGCAGUCUUGUCCUUCGAUUCAGGCUCGGUUACGAACCGGCGCAUGUAUCAUUUCUUCUUAGAUCUCAAGUAUCUCUUUGGGUCUCCGCACGUUCAGGAACGCCUCCGGACAGAGGAGCGAUAUAUGAUGCAGUUCCUCGACCUCGUCAAGUUGCAUCAAGGUAUCUGCCCGAACGUCAGGGCUGUCGGCGAACACGUCGAAUAUGAGACAGAUAGCUGGAUCAGCGCGUCUCUUGUCACACGGGAGAUCAACAGACUUUGCAGACAGUUCGCCCAAUCCUUCCGGAACGUCAAGGAACACGGUUUGCAGUAUGUCAACAAUGCAAUCAGACUGGCUGCAAAGGUUACCAUUAUCAACUCACUUGGUGCUGAGCGUCACCGGUUUAACCAGUCAGAAAUCAAGGAAGAGAUUUCCUUUAGAAACCUUACAGAUUUUGAGUUUGAGCCAACUGGGCGAAGCUUCAAGGUCGUCCACUUUGUGGUAGAAGAGCAACCUAACAGUUUUCAUCAUGCCCUUCACUACACCUUGUCGUGGCUUAUCGAGUGCGGCAAAUCGAUGAGCGUUGACGACCUGCGCAAGCUCCUGACUUUCGAAACCUGCGAUUUGCUAGCAAAACCUCAGCCGAUGGGUCGAAAGUCCAUGCCUCGUGGUAACUUCACACCGGAAGAUUACCUCCUUGUGGCCUUUGAUUUCCCGCUCAGGACCGCUCUUGUUGUCUGCGACCCAAGCCGUGUUCUUGCCUCGAUCGUUGACCGCUACGGCAUGGAGAUGUGGAUCAAAGGGUUCUUUGAACAAAAGUCCAAGGCCCAAGACGAUGGUCAACAUUUGGAUGUUGUGGAAGACAUGCUUCAUCUGCUCGUUGUCCUCUUCCACGAACACGAGGACUUCCACAAGCUGUUGGACGAAAUGACCAUCUACAAGGCACCCGAGGGACUGACAGAUGUUGGCACAUUCGAGCUUAAGCCAGAGUUCAUUGAGGAUGUGGAUCCUUACAUCGCGCACUACAACAAGAACCAACGCGAAGAGUCGGAAAUGGCAUGGCGCAAGUGCAUGGCUAAGAAGACUGGGCAGUCGAUUGAGGAUGUCGUGUAUGAGCCCAAUCUUCGUCCAAUCACUUCUGGAGUCUUUGCCGGGCUGUCUGAUUUCACCCGGACAGGCAUGUUCGCCCAGAUUAUCUACUAUUCCCUGCUCUACACUCUCUCAUCCUCCAAGUUUACACCCCAGGUGCCCACGACUCGAGUUGAGACCUUCCUUCAAGUUGUCCUGCAUCUGGUUUUGAUCGCCAUCAAGGAAGAUAAAACAGGUGAGGAGGAUGGUCAGCAACCGUCAUUCAUCUCUCGUUCUCUCAGUCACCAGGCGCGCAGCAACUUCAUGCCAGAGAACCCUACGGCAAAGACCAUCGUGGCACUCUUGAACCUCCUUACCGCCGAAGAUGCUUUCAAGACAGUUCACCCCAAGAUCCACUUGAUUCUCAAGAAGAUGCGGCAACAGCGGCCCCAUGAGUUCGAGUCUGCUUAUCAUAGCCUUGGUCUCUCAGUAGACCAUAUUGACGCUGGUUUGCCCGACAGCCAGAACACUGACGAGGAGCGCGAGAAGAAGAAGAAGGCUGCACUAGCGCGUCAAGCUCGUGUUAUGGCACAGUUCCAGGCCCAGCAAAAGAGUUUCAUGGAGAAGCAAGGAGAAAUCGACUGGGGUGAUGUGGACGAUAUCGAUGAGGACGAGGACAUGCCAGCUGCCGAGGAGCAUAAAAACUUUUGGAAGUAUCCAUCAGGAACAUGCAUUCUGUGCCAGGAAGAUACAGAUGACCGUCGCCUUUACGGAUCCUUCGCCUUCUUCACUGAGAGCAACAUUUAUCGGCAGACUGAUCUCCAGGAUCCGGAUUUCGUGAGGGAAGCGUUCAAGACACCCGAAAACUUGGACAGGUCUGCAGAGAGUAUGCGGCCCUUUGGACUUGCUCAUGAGAACCGCCAGAUUGUUCAAAAGGUUGACCAGGAGGGAAAGAUAUUUGAGGCUGAGCGCUCCGUUAUUGGCAAAGGCUUCCCAUCGCACCUGUCUCGUUCCGGCCCUGUUUCGACUGGGUGCGGCCAUAUCAUGCAUUAUGGAUGCUUUGAAGCAUACUUUGAUGCCACUCUGCAUUCUGCAUAUUAUGUCCUGGGAGCGGCAAGGCCUCCAGACCAAAUCCAGCAUUCGUUUGCAACGUACACGGCGAGAACAAUGGUCCACAGUCUUGCUGAAGAUUCAGCUCAGCUGUUUGGCGAUGCCUGGGUAGACCUAGGGGCCCGUUCAAGGUCAAGCGGGACGCCAUUCAGUGACUCCUUCUCGAUCAUCUCAGCUACUGAGGUUAGCAGCCGAGGGGCUACCCCUGCCGAAGGGAACAGCAUGAUGAGAGAGCUGGUCUCUGCGUACCGUCGUCUUCGAGAUACAUUGCGGAAAAACGGCAUCAACUCGCACCAUGAUCUUCCGGAGACAGUGCGAGAUGAUGAGCUGGCUUGCAGCGAUGCUCUUGCUCGCUCGGUGGGCUUUUCUAUUGCAGCUAUUGAAAUUCAGCAGCGCGGGGUGGAAGUGGACUAUGGAAUGACCUUACUCGAGAAGAUUCCUGAACAAGUCCUUACCCACCUCCGUAUUCUGACUGAGACAGUGACGACUUUCAUCACUGUAGGCGGACUCAGAGAGGCUGGAGACAACAGGAUCGACACCGAGUUUCGGAGAGACAGCGAACGUCAGCAUUGCCAGCUGUUCAUUGCACAAUAUAAGGAUGCCGAAACCGACAGCGCGAGACAACCUUAUCGGGAGUAUCCUCCCCUUCUCAGCCAAGAUCCUUUCGUUUUCUUGUGCGAAUGUGUCUUUGGCGUUGUCCCAGCACAAAGGUUUGAAAUCGCCCACAUCGUGAGGCUUUGCUACCUUGCCGAGAUCACCAAAGUGGUUUACCACAUGGGCCGCAACAUGCCUGCCACUAUGUGGAUGUCAAAGAUUUUCAGCGACCGCAAAGACGAAAUGUCGCCCGAACUGGCUAACUUCGCUUCAUUUUGCGAAACAGUUGUACGAAUGGACUUGGGCUUUUCCGAGAGGUACAGGGUCCAAGGCUCUACUGGGGAGAACAAGGCGUUCGACCAGCCUGGAUUGGACAGCUGGGAGGGCUGGUACCGGUUCAUCAGGAACUAUGCACUUACGUUCCUUCGCAAGUGCGCCAUCCUGCUUUACGCAAGGUACAAUAUCGAUUUCAACAGCCGCGUCUCGCCCAAUCCUGAACAGAAGGAGCUCGAGCGCCUCACCGAGACGCUGAAACUUCCCUCAUUCGACGCAAUGCUAGCUUCCCUCACGCCGGACUCGCGAAUUUCCCAGCUCGUAUCUGGCUGGAUAGAGCAUCAGACUUGCUGGGACGCAGAACAUUCAACCCUCGCCGCCGACGACAAUAAGUUGUUGCCGCCUUCGGCAGUGCUGAGCCACCCGGGCAUCUUCGAGCUUGUCGGCCUUCCCAAGAACUACGCCACGCUCAUUGAGGAGUGUACGCGGAGGAAGUGUCCUACCAAGGGCAAGGACAUUUCUGACCCUAUGCUCUGUCUCUUCUGUGGAGAUCUGUUCUGCGGUCAAAGCAUCUGUUGCGCGGUAGAGGAUAGGGAAGGCAGAGGCAAAACCAUGAGGAUUGGCGGUUGCCAGCAACACAUGAGAAAGUGCCAAAAGAACAUAGGUCUCUUCCUCAAUAUCCGAAGAUGCUGCAUCUUCUACCUCCAUCGCCUCUCAGGAUCCUUCAGCAACGCGCCCUACAUCGACAAGUACGGCGAGGUGGAUCUCGGUCUCCGUCAUGGACGGCUGCUUUAUCUCCAUCAGAAACGGUAUGAUUCCAUGUUGCGCAAUCUGUGGCUCAGCCAUGGUAUUCAGAGCUUCAUUAGCCGUAAGCUUGAGGGGGACAUCAAUAACGGGGGUUGGGAGACACUUUAAGAAGAGGAAGUUGUAUAUAUAAAAAGCGGGGAAGGAGCGAGCGGUGGAUGUGAAUAUGGCUGUGGGUGCAAUGCAUUAUUUCUGGCAAGAUGGGGUAUCAUUAUAUGGCGUUAUCCUUCAUAUGACAAACAUCAGGGUGGAUUGGAGGGGUGCUUGCCUUGGCUUCAAUGUACCAUUUUUAUGGAUAGCAGAACUAUAUAGGAGGUAGUGCCUCCAGGUUAUUUUUUUUCUUUUUUUUCUUUUUUCCUUUUUUUUCUUCUUUUGGUCUCUUGCGGAAUCAUGAUUCAUCAGUUUCACACCCAGACGUAUGCGGAAAAGCAGGCGAACAGCAACGCACUUUGGAAAGCUUGAACUUGGUUUAUUCAGAUUGAUAGACGCGAGUACUCAACUCUCCGUUAUUUCAAAUUAUUACCACCAGGCAUGACUCGGAGCAACACAUAGUAAAUAUUGCCCUGGUAAAUCAUCAAAUGUCCUGACAGUCCUCUAUAUCUUUC